UCCCUCGGACACAGCGGAUCACUGAUCAAUGGAAAGAGCCGAAGAUGUCGGCUUGGUCAUGUGAUCAGCUGUGUCCAAUCACAGCUGAUCGCAUGGGACAUCUACACAGAUCAUCAGGGUACUGAUGAUCAGUGUGCCCAUCAGUGUAGCCCCAUCAAUGCCAGCUGUCAGUGCCCAUCAGUGCCACAUCAAUGCCACCUAUCAGUGCCAACCAGUGCACAUCAAUGCCACAUAUCAGUGCCCAUCUGAGCUGCCUUUCAGUGCCACCUAUCAGUGCCAGUCAGUGCUGCCUUUCAGUGCCCAUCAGUGAUGCCUGUCAGUGCCCAUCAGUGAUGCCUGUCAGUGCCCAUCAGUGUCACCUACUAGUGCCUCCUCAUCAGUG